CCGCGCACAUGUCCGAGCAGCCACACCUUGUCUGCACCUGGAGCCAAAAGUCGGGAUGGUUUUCGACACCGAGGAAUUUAUUCAAGAAAUUGAAAGACGAAGAGCAAUCUGGCAAAUAUCUACAGCAGAAUUGGAAGAAUAUUAGGACAAGUUUCAGCAGGGAAUUAAAACGCAGAGCAGGUGCCAAAAGUGGAUCAGCAACUUUGGGUAAAAGCCCUUACCUGUAUUUCGAGCAAUUACAGUUUCUUAAGGAAACUGUUGUAGACAAUACAACUCAAGAUAGCCUGGAUGAAACUGACGUUGCUGAAAGUAACUAUGGGGGAUGUGGCCUUCAAAGUCCUUCUUCCUAGAAAGAAGCAGAAAAGUAACGACGACAGAUUGAUUGAUGUACUACAACAGAGUAUCCCACUGAGGGAGGAGCGUGAAAGGAACCAAGAAUCUGAUUCAGAUGGACUAUUUCUGCUUUCAUUACUAGAAGACAUGAAAGAGAUUCCGGAACAACGCAAGCUUACUACCAAACUGGAGAUUACUGACGUCAUAAAACGAGCACAAAUGCUUCCACUACGGAUUCAUCACCAAGGCUAUUCUAAUUAUGCGUCAGAACCAACAGUGACCGGAGCAUAUAGCCGUAGGUAUGAACCAGAAGCCUCGAGUAGACGGCAGUUUCAGCAUGGAUGCGUACUACAGCCAAAUGAUGGUCGAGCAGAUUUCAGGAGAGGGCAGAAGGAAAGUCGCCGUGAUUAUUCUACGCUUAAUACAUACAGACAGGACACUGCCGCCGAAUACGAUGAGCUGUCAUCGCUCACCGACUCGACUGUGUCAACUCAGAAUUCUGAAAUACUUUAUCUGUUCCAUUCAUCAGUACUACAACAACUUAAAUAUUAA